AUGGUUAAGUUGAAAGAAAUCCCUAGAACUGCCACGUUUGCGUGGUCUCCACACAGCGCAGACCCACUACUGGCUUCGGGUACGGUGGCCGGUGCUGUCGACGCGGACUUUUCUUCUACAACAAAACUUGAGCUCUGGGACCUGGAUCUUCUUGACAGAUCCCCAGAGUCUUUUUAUCUUAAGCCUAAGGUUUCAAUUGACACUGAUGCAAGAUUUUUCGACAUUGCCUGGGGUGCUGUGUCUUCUGACAAACCAAAUGGUAUCAUUGCUGGUGCGUUGGAAAGCGGCGUUUUGGAGCUAUGGGAUGCCGAUUCUUUAAUUCGUGGAUCUCAGAGCUCUUUUGCUCGAGAAACUAAACACACUGGUUCCAUCAAGUGCCUCCAAUUCAAUCCUAUUCAAAAGCACCUUAUUGCUUCUGGUGGUAUUGGUGGCGAAAUUUUUAUUUGGGAUAUCAACUCCCUUCAGAAUGCAUUUGCUCCCGGCAAGACUCCUACUCGCAACAGCGAUGUCGACACUAUUGCUUGGAACAAUGGCGUUGCUCACAUUUUGGCUUCAGGCUCUUCUGAAGGAACUUCCAUUUGGGAUUUGAGAAACAGAAGAGAAAUCCUCCACCUUAACUACCAGCCCCCCGGCACUUCUUCGCGCAAUCUUGUCAGCUCCGUUGCAUGGCACCCAGACAAUUCCACUUCUCUCAUCACAGCUUCUUCAGACGAGCAGUCUCCGGUUAUUCUGCUAUGGGAUCUGCGAAAUGCUAAUGCUCCCCUCAAAACAAUUUCUGGUCAUGACAAGGGCGUGCUAUCUAUUGACUGGUGCAAGCACGAUAGCAGCUUGCUCCUGUCCAGUGGCAAAGACAGCAAGACAAUUCUUUGGGAUACAGAGUCUGGAAACAAGAUUGGCGAGUAUCCUACUACUUCCAACUGGAACUUUCACGCUAGUUUCAGCCCUACUGAUCCCGACAUGUUUGCUUCUGCUUCUUUUGACGGCAAGAUUAAUAUUCAGACCAUUCAAGAUGUCAACUCGGAAAAGCCUACCCAAAAGAAGGCUGAAGGCGACGAUUUCUGGAACUCAAACAAUUACAUUGAUGCUCAGCACCCUACUGUUUCUCUUGAGAAGGCCCCCAAGUGGCUUAAGCGUCCUGUUUCUGCCACAUUUGGAUUUGGAGGAAAGAUUGUGUCUGUUAAGCAAAUUGAUGGCCAGUCUAUUGUCACCAUUUCUAAAUUUUCUGGUGAUGAGUCUUUGACUUCUGAGUCUUCCAAGCUUGCUGCUGCUUUGACUUCUAAUAAUAUUCCUGAAAUUAUUAAUGAAAAUCUGGAAAACACAAAAGAUGGCAACCAUUUCGAUUGGACCAUUCUUGAUCUUCUUUCUAAAAAGGAUAAGGAACUAAUCAAGAAGUAUAUUAAGAGUGGGGAAGAAGAGGAAGAAGAGCUGGAGGAAUCCUCUGAGUCUAAGGAAGCUUCUACCGAAGAGUCUAAUGAUGAUGGUCUUUUUGGAAAGGGCACUACUACAGAGGCUGAAUUUUUGAGCACUCUUUCUCUUAAUCAGUACACACCUUCUGGUAGCUUUGAUAUUUUCCGCAGCGAUUAUUCCAAAACUGACAAGUCAAUUACCAAAGCAAUUCUUGAGGGUGACUUGGAGAAGGCAGUUGAUAUUGCUCUUAAGGAGGAUCGUCUUGCUGAUGCUUUUGCAAUUGCUGCUCGUGCACCUGAGACAACUCGUGUUAAAGUCCAAACUGCUUACAUUUCUAAGAAUGCUGAGAAUAAGUCGUAUCUUCGUCUUUUGAAUGCUAUUUCUUCUAAAGAUCUUAUCGAUAUUGCACAAAAUGCCAAUGUUUCUGAGUGGAAGGAGACAUUAAAUGCUCUUUAUUCCAACACAACUGAUUCUGAGACUUUUAAGAAGCUUGCUUCGAUUCUUGGUGACAGACUUUUAAGUGCUCAUGAUGCUGGCCGCGAUAGUAGUUCUGAGAGUGCUGAGUUUAGAAAUAGCGCUGUUUUGUGCUACUUGCUUGCAGAGAAUCUUGCUCAAGUUUCCAAGGUUUGGAUCAAGGAAAUUUUCGACACUGAGCAUGCUCUUUUGCACAGCGAAAGCAGCAGUUUGACUCCUUAUGCUGCCCAUGUUAAAGCUCUGCAUUCUUUUAUUGAGAAGGUUACUAUUUUCCGCAAGACAUGCCCUGCUGCUGACAAUGUUGGCAAUAAGGGUGGUGAAGGCCUUGACAGUCUUUACGACACAUACAGAGAUUAUGCCAACAUUGUUGCUACUCAAGGUCAGCUGGGAUUGGCUGAGACCUAUCUCAAUCUUUUGCCUGCACAAUAUCCUGGUGCUUCUCUUGAGAGAGAGCGUGUUUCCAAGGCCAACAAGCCUUUAUCAGGUGGGUCUACUAACUAUGGUGCUAAGGUUGGAGGCAAUGUACGUGGUAGCAUUUCUUCAUCCUAUGGUUAUGGUCUGGUCAAGCCUGCAGUUGCUUCUAAUCCCUUUGGUGUUAGUGACUCUACUGCUGGUAGUAUUGGUACUGCGGCGGCACCCUUUGCAUCUUCGCGUGCUGUGUCUCCAUAUCAACCUGCAGCUUUGCUGUCUAGUGCUACUGCAACAGCCAGUGCUGGAGCACCGGUUGGAUUACAGUUUGCUCCUGGUCAAACCCACACCCAAACAGGUAUUUACACACCUACUAAUCCCAUUAUUUCGCCUUACCAGCCACAACAGGCUUCGCAACCAUUCCAGCAACAGCAACAACAACAGCAGCAGCAAUCUUUGUAUGGAGCUCCUCCCACCUCUGUGUCGUCGUUACCUCCUCCUCCUGUGAGCACUCAAGUGAAGAAGACAGCUGAAGGAUGGAAUGACUUGCCAUCUUCGGCUAUUCCUCCUCCUCGCAAGAUUACAACUCCUGCCAUGCCUGCUAUUACACCUCCUACUUUUGGUACUCAGGGCCCACCUAAUGCUUAUGGACCUCCUUCGACUCCUAAGCCUGUUCCUGCGCCAUCACUUGGGCCUCCUCCCACUGGUGGUUCAAUUAAACCUCCCACUAACAAUGCAAUUCCAUUGACAUCUCGUAACUCGUCAUCUACUCCACCGGCUAUUAAUGACAAGUAUGCACCAGUCAAAUCGUCAUUGCCUAACAAUGGUUCUUCUCAGUAUGGGUUUAAUGAGCCUCCUGUUUCUUCACCUCCUCCCGUUAGCAACCCUUAUAGUUCCCCCCCCGUGAACCCAUAUGCUACACUUUCACUGUCUCAGAACAAUAAUCAGCCACAGAACCGAUCUGUGGCUGCACCAUUGCCUCCCCCACCUUCUAUUAUUGGAGGGUCUAGUGGUUUUGGAGUGAGCCAGGGAGGACCAUUGGGCUCUCCGCAGUCAUAUGCUCCUAUUCCUAGCAUUGUUUCUGGGCCUCCAACUGGACCUGGUUAUGGACCUCCUUCAAAUGGGUUUGGCCAACAUUCUCAACAGGCCCCUGCUAAUCCUUAUGCUCCCGUAGCCGCUCCCCAACAACAACAGCAACAGCAACUACUACAACAACAACAACAACAACAACAACAACAACAACAACAGCUGCAACAGCCAUAUGCUCCUCAGCAACCUUCUCUAGGAGCUUAUGGGGUUUCAUCUCCUCAAUAUGGUCAGUUGCCUUAUCAGCAACAACAACCACCACAGCAAGUACAACAACAACAACCACCUGAGCCUGAGCCUGAACCGGAACCAGUUGAGCCUCCAAAACCCAGCUAUCCUCCUGGAGAUCGAUCUCACAUUCCUGAGAGCUCAAUUCCCAUUUACAAUUUACUGAGUGAGGAGCUUGAGGUGAUUAAGCCGCAUGUUCCUGCCAACUAUUCUCGUCAGUUGCAGGAUGCGGAGAAGCGAAUUAAUAUUUUGUUUGAUCACCUGAACAAUGAGGAUUUGCUUUCAGAUGCGACUAAGACGGAUCUUGUUGCACUUGCUCAGGCUCUUCAUGCCAAGGACUACAACACAGCUAGUGAGAUUCACUUGUCGAUUUUGACUACGCGAUCUGAGGAGUGUGGUCAUUGGAUGGUUGGUAUUAAGCGUCUUAUUGAUAUUGUGCGGGUUCUUGUGAUGAAUGGAAUUUUGAAUUAA